AUGAACAUACACGUUCUGAAUGAACCAACAGUACAAAGAAAGCAAGAAAGCAAGAAAAAAAGUAUGGUAGUCAGCAAACUGAAAAAUUUAAGAGAGAGAAAAAAAAGAAUACAAAAAGAAGAAGAAGAGGAGGAAGAAGAGGAAGAAGAAGAGGAGGAAGAAGAGGAAGAAGAAGAGGAGGAAGAAGAGGAGGAAGAAGAGGAAGAAGAAGAGGAGGAAGAAGAGGAGGAAGAAGAGGAAGAAGAAGAGGAGGAAGAAGAGGAAGAAGAGGAGGAAGAAGAGGAAGAAGAAGAGGAAGAAGAGGAAGAAGAAGAGGAAGAAGAAAAAGUCAUAUGGGUAAGUUAUAUAAUAUUAUUGCCAGUUUUACUAAAGAGAAGACGGUGA